AUGGCCGCACUCCGCCGGAGGCUCGCCCCAACGCCAUUCUUAUCGGCUUUUCUUAGACUCAAAGCCCCGCUCAGUACAUUAUUUCUAGAUCACAGUAUCCUCCCACCUUCGCCCUCCGCGGCAGCAGGCUCGGGGUCAUCUUUUGAAGAGGGCUCUUUCGUCCUGGCCUCAGUGGGUAGCGCGUCAUCCCAGGGUAAACCUGUCACACUAGUUGCAUGGCGUCCAGCACAUGAGCAGGCUAUUCUUGCAGCGCGCGACAAGCUGGAUGGUGCGAUUAUGCAACCUCAUACUAUCUACGGGCGUAGGUCUUGGGUUUGGGGAACAUGGUGGGAUCCCCUGGCAGAAGCAGCCAAGUCAGGCAGUACAUCUCCUGUGCAAGUGACUGUAGAUCGCAUAGCUGGCUGUGGAGUCGUUCACAUUAACGAUGUCGCUGCUGGCUUCCAUGCGGCUAUUGAUCGUAUUGAUGGUCAGUUGGGCUCGUGGCCUGUCUUUGAUCUUGUUACAGAGACGCUUUCAGUGGUGGAAAUUCUGGAGAAUCUGGAGAAUAUUAAGACCAUACUGCGGGUGGAUGGUCAUAUUGAGUACAUUGGGACCCAUGGAAACCCAUUCUUGGAAGCCUUGAGCUUAGUGAGUAAGUUGGAUGCCUCCCGUGCUAAGACUGCGCUGGGAUGGAAUCCCAAGCGAACGGAGUUCUUGUUGAAUCUGCCCAUCUAUUCGAAGGCCUGGCAGGCGUCGCAGUGA